AUGUCCGCUCAAGCAGUGACGGGGGAACCCACCGCAGGCAUUCCCCAUAUCGAGAAGAAGCCCGUCAAGUUCAGCAACUUGCUGCUCGGAGCCGGGCUGAACAUGUUCGAGGUCACCACGCUAGGACAACCGCUGGAAGUCAUCAAGACGACCAUGGCCGCCAAUCGAUCGGACACCUUUGCUGGUGCCAUGUCGAGAAUAUGGAGCCGUGGUGGUAUUCUAGGAUACUACCAAGGCCUCAUCCCAUGGGCGUGGAUCGAAGCCUCGACCAAGGGCGCGGUGCUGCUUUUCGUCGCCUCUGAAGCGGAAUACCGAGCCCGAACAUUCGGCGCCGGCAACUUCGUCGCCGGCAUUGCAGGAGGCAUGGUUGGUGGUGUGGCCCAGGCGUACGCGACCAUGGGGUUCUGCACAUGCAUGAAGACGGUGGAGAUCACCCAGCACAAACUGGCCGCGGCGGGCGUGAAGCCGCCGUCGACGUUCAAAACAUUCGCCGACAUCUAUCGCAAAGACGGCAUCCGGGGUAUCAACAAGGGCGUCAACGCCGUCGCCAUUCGCCAGACCACCAACUGGGGCUCGCGGUUCGGAUUGUCCAGAUUGGCCGAGAGCGGCAUCCGCAAAGUCACCGGCAAGGAACAGGGCCAACCGCUCAGCGCCGGCGAGAAGAUCCUGGCCAGCGCUCUCGGUGGUGGCCUGUCCGCCUGGAACCAGCCUAUCGAGGUCAUCCGUGUCGAGAUGCAGAGCAAGACUGUAGACCCGAACCGGCCCAAGAACUUGACCGUCGGCAAGACGUUGAAAUACAUCUACGAAUCCAAUGGUCUCAAGGGCCUCUAUCGCGGCGUUGCUCCACGUAUUGGCCUCGGCGUUUGGCAGACCAUUUGCAUGGUUGCUUUGGGUGAUAUGGCCAAAGAAGCCGUCGAGAAAUUGACUGGUGAAAAGGUCACCGCGAAGCACUAG